AUGUCGUUUUUUAAGGAUUUGUUAGAGAAUGUCUUACCAGUAGCAUAUGCUGACGAAGGAGAUGAUACCCAAGACGAGGUAGCUAACUCUGAGGCUCCAGAAGCUGAAAAGGAGGAUGCAGCAGAUGAGGAUGAAGACGACGACGACGAUGAGGAUGAAGACGAUGAAGAAGAAUCUCAGGACCCAUUGGAGAAGUUGAGUGAAGAGUGUAAGAAUACAGCUGCUUGUAAGCCAUUUGACCACCAUUUCGAAGAAUGUGUUGAGAGAGUUAAGAAAGAAAUGGAAGAGCCAGAUUACGCACACAAACACUAUAAGGAGGACUGUGUAGAGGAGUUUUUCCAUUUACAGCAUUGUAUCAAUGAUUGUGUUGCACCAAGGUUGUUUAGCAAAUUGAAGUGA